AUGAGCGGCGGAGCAGCCACAAUCCUCCCAGCAGAGAGCACUCCCCGCGUCAUUCCAGGAAUUGCCGGUGGCCAGAGCAAUGGGCCUUCCACCUCCCGGUCAGCCGGCAAAGGUCGGCGGAGACGAGCAGCAGCGGAGAUGCGGCGCAUCGAGCAGCAGCGAUGGGGCGAGGCCCUAGUAGCACCGGACGAUGACGCCAGCAAUGACGUGAGCCCGUCCCCCACGGAAGCCGCGAGGUUGUCGCUCAUGCAGCAGACGGCCUCCGCGCGCAGGCGGCAGCAGCGCCGCUCGUCUCUUGCCCUUUCCCUCCCCCUUGCGGCACUGGUGAGCAGCUCUGUCGCUGUCGCUACGCUGUCGCUGUCGCUAGUGGAUCACCCCAUUGCCGCCAGCGCCAGCACCGGGUCUCUCUCGGACGCUGCUGCAGCUGCUGCGUCAGGGGACCUCUCUUACGAAAACCUGACAGAGCUGGAGAGUGUGCAGUGCGGGCUGUCGCGGGAUCAAAUCGACCACCUGCCGACCCUGCAUGUGGGCACGCAGCAUUCCAGCGACUCAUUUUCGGACGAGUGA